CCGUAAGUUAGUGAAAAAAGGGUUGUAAGUUGUGAGUUUGCAUCGGGACCGAAAUUUUUUGUAAAUAGUGAUCUUGAAAUGUCUUAAAAGACACAAUAAUAGGAAACAAGAAAAGUGAUUUCAGCGUUUUUAGAAUUUAAUUCCCCAAGGGAGUUAAAGUGGCGUUCAUUGAAAGUUUGUAUUAAUCCUCUAAAUUGGUGAAAAAGGGGUUUAAAGUUUGCAUUCGAUUGGAAUAGUGGACUUGAAAACCUUCUUAAGGGAUUGAGAUGGAUUAUAUCGAGAAGAUUUUUUUUUUCACUUAGGGGCUUGAAACUUUUUGGGGCUUUGUAGGUUGUGUCAGACAAAUCUCAUGCGUUGUAUUAACAAGUGUUUAACCGUCCCUUUUGCUGCAUAAUGUUCUAUGCUCAUGUAUAUAAUCAUUAACAUAUAAAUCCACGCGUACGAAUCGUCGCGGGCAACAGCUAGCAAUAAUAAAUAUUUGUAAAUAGGUAAUUAAAAUACAUAUAAAAACACCCAUGACUCAGGAACAAAUAUCCGUGCUCAUCGCACGAAUAAAUGCCCUUACCAGGAUUUGAAUCCGGGACCAUCGGCUUCAUAGGAAAGGUCACUAACCACUAGGCCAAACCGGUCGUCAAAAAAUUUUAUUCAGCGCCUCAACUGAGAAAUUGAUUUGCCAGACUUUUUAGGAUCAGUAUAAUUGAAUUAAUUCAAAGACCGUAAUGAAUCUAAUAGCUCUUUAAAGUUAGAUCAGUAGUCAUGCGAUAAGGAGACGUAAGUAGUACUAAAUCACUUGCUAACAUUUGUAAUGUAUGGACGAACCGGCUUAGCCAGAUUCGGUACUGGCAAAUACUUUUUAAUGCCAAUGCUGAGUAAGUAUCAAGCAACUGACAUUUUUGGUGAGCACGACAUUUGAGGGUUCCAUAUGACCACUAAAUUGUCCUUGGCUUUCUUGGGCUCCAUUUGCCUCGAGAUGGUGGCGAUAUCACGUGUAAGUUGUCAAGUUUGUAAAGGGUAAACCUAACUCUCUCAGAACACACACUACUACCAUCCCAUUACAUGCACAUGGCACACACCAUACACAUCACACACGUGAAAAAUGUAUUCACUGUUCGUUACUUUUCUGUUAUACAAUAGUUAUUGUAGUAACGAAACGGCCAAGCCACAUAUAUUGACUAAGAUGUAGUGUUUGUGAAGUUAGGGCUUGUAGUUAGAAGUUUGGAUAAUGAGGCUACAUGAGGUCUAACAAUUUUUUAUUUUAUUUUUUUUACUUUUUGGCAGUGUGAUGGUUGUUGGAUGUGCCUUAUGGUUUCGGCUUGGCAACAUUUUACAUGAAAAUAUUUUUGGUGGGAUUAUGUUUGUACAAAUACUAGAUUUGAAUCUCAUUCCACUAUAAUAUUGGUUGUCUUGGUUCCGAGAUCCCAGAGCCACCAGACCUUACUUAUUUUGUCAUGAAUAAAAUGUACUCAUACUCAUACUCAUACUUUAUUAAAAAUUGAUAAUCAACAUUGCUAGACCAUUUCCGCUGGCGGUAACUUUUACCAGACACUUUAAAGCUGUCAAAAAAUAUUGUAACUUUACUUAUAUUCUCACUCUUGAUUUUUAUACAUGAUACUCAGGGAACUAUUAAUUUUUUUUUGUAAGUAGCCACACCAAUUGGAGGGGCCCAACCAUUCCCCAGACCCACAUAAAGUUUAUAUGCGUGUUUGUGUUAAACUUUAUGGUGGUCUGGGGUUAUCACCUCGACAACACCUGAGACCAGCGAAGAUUUUGCAGAUAGUUUUCAGUGCUACUUUUCACUUAAUAUAGACGACGCUAAUACUUGUUAUCAUUACGACUUAAGUGUGGUCGUUGGUAAUGGUAAUAGAAGCAAUAAAAUUAGAUUCUUUAUGGUGAAUUACUUCAUUAGCAAACUCGUAAAACAAAAUGCUAAAUCUUAAUAUGAAAUCAAUCAGUACCACGGUAAUAAAACUAGUCCAUUAAAAACCAGAAGUUAAUACAAUUUUGAUGAAAUUUGCAUACAAAAAUCAAUCCUGAACAAUUAAUCUUAUGCGCGAAUCUGGCCUAUUUCAAGUCUGACCAGUGGCUCAUAUCAUGGGGAUAUAUAAGCGGAUGGUCGGAGGCUGCGGGCAUCAUUCAGUUCAUUAUCUCAAUCCACAAUGGCUGCUAAGUUGGUCGUAGUGUUCGCGCUGGCUAUGGCCGCCCAGGCGUCAGUGGUGCCCGUGCCCGUGGCACGCGCAGACGACACCAGCAGCUUCGCGUACGACGUGGCCGACCCCAACACUGGUGACUACAAGAGCCAGGUCGAGACCCGCGUCGGCGGCGUCGUGCAGGGCCAGUACUCGCUGCUGGACGCUGAUGGCACGAAGCGUACCGUCGAUUAUUCCGCUGAUGAUGUCAAUGGUUUCAACGCUGUCGUGCGCAAGGAUCCUGUUGCGGUCGCUGCGCCCGUUGUGAGCGCGCCGGUGGUCGAAGCCGCUCCCGCUGUGGUUGCCGCGCGCACUGUCGCCGCUCCUGUUGUGUACUCUGCCGCUCCUUCCCUGUACUCUGCCGCUCCUGCCGGGUAUCCUGCCGCUCCCGUUGUCCGAACAGUUGCAGCUCCUGCCACUUACGCUGCCCCAGUAGCAUACUCCGGCUACUCAGCGCCUGUUGCUUACUCCAGGAUUGCCAGCCCUUACUACCCUGCGCCUUACUCUACCUAUUAUUGACUUCAUCAAACUGGCCUCGACGAAAAUACUCAAGAGUUCAAUACUAAUUGUAAGUCAUCUUUGUAAAUAGAUAUUAUUUGUAUUUUAUGUAAAAUAAAAAGUGAAACUAUCUUA